AAAAUUAUUUUACUUUUUGCCUCUCAAUUUUUAGUUCUCCCUUCGCUUUCCGAACAAGAGAGAAGUAAUUUCAUUUCCAUCGUUCUCUCCGCUCACCAUUUCUCUCCUCACACUUUCUUUCCAAUCAUUUUUUCAAACGGAGAGUUCAUUUUCCAUCCCCUAAAUUUCUCUCUACAACUUAGCUUCCGUUUAUUCUUUUACACUUGUGUCCAAUUCUUCAUGAGCUAUGGGUAACGUCUUUUCAAUUCAAUGCAGUGAUGCCUUGAUCGGUCUUUGCUGGGAUUGCAUUGCUGGACAAGCUCUUUAUGUAUGUCAGCUUGAAGACAAUCUUCAAGAACUUUAGACUGCAAGAGAUAAAUUAAGAGAGUUGAGCAACGAUGUGAUGCGGAUGGUCAUCAGUGAGGAGACAUCACAAACAGUGCAGCUGGAUCGAGUUGGAGGAUGGCUUUCAAGGGCGGAUGCUACCAUUACUGAAGUUAAUAUACUCCUCAGCAGAGCUCCACAAGAAAGACAAAAAUUGUGUCUCGCAGGCUGUUGCUCCAAGAACUUUAAGUCCACCUACAUGUUUGGGAAAAGCGUUUACUCAAACAUGUGGUUGAUUUGAUGGGCGAAGGUGAAUUCAAAGAAGUGGUCAUCAGGGCCCCUGCUGUCCAACUUCAAGCUGUUCUCGAAGCUUUGAAGACAGCAAGACAAGAAUUAUGGGCUUCAGAGGAGGAUGUGAAGCGGAAGGUUGACUUAGAAGAAGGACAACAAAGGAAGGCUCUGCAACAAGUUCGAUUGUGGGUUUCGAUGGUGGAAGCGAUGAUAACCGAAGCAGAGGAGCUCGAAAGAGAUGGUCCACGACAAGUUCACAAAUUGCUAGCUGGAGAUAUUUCCAAUUACAUGUUCGUGGGAAGGGUCGUCAAAAAAUUAGAAGAUGUGAUUGCGUUAAAAGCCAAAGGAGAUUUUAAGGAAGUGGUUGAGAGGACACUUCCAGAACCAGUGGUAGUAAGAAAUGUUAACCGAACAGUGGGCACUGAAACUGCCUUAGACGAGGCAUGGAGCUUCAUCACGGGAGAUGAGGGGGGAAUUGUUGGCAUAUACGGUAUGGCGGGAGUCGGUAAACUACUCUCCUUAAUCAACAACAGAUAUGCCACUAUAUCUAAUAAUUUUGAUGUUGUGAUUUGGGCUGUGGCUUCUAAAGAUUUGAAACUCGAGAAGAUUCAAGAGCAGAUUUGGGAAAAAAUUGGCAUUUCUGAUGAGAAAUGGAAAAAGAAAAGCUUCCGUAAGAAAGCGGAUGACAUAUUCCAUGUAUUGAGCAGAAAGAAAUUUGUAUUAUUGUUAGAUGACAUAUGGCAGCGUGUUGACCUUGAAGAAAUUGGGGUUCCUUUUCCUACAAGAUAAAACAUAUGCAAGAUAGUAUGCACAACACGCUCUUACAAAGUAGGCAGCCAAAUGAAAUCUGAAAAGAUGAUAGAAGUGAAACCUUUGGAUUGGGAAGAAGCUUGGCCAUUGUUUCAAAAGAAGGUUGGGGAUAUUGAUCUUGAUAUUGUUCCUCUGGCUCAAGAUGUUGCCAAAGAGUGUAGAGGAUUGCCAAUCGCUCUCAUUACCAUUGGUAGAGCCAUGGCCAGUAGAAUUACAAGGGAAGAAUGGAAGCAUGCUCUUAAGGCACUAAGAAGUUCUGCCUCAAGCCUACCAGUAAUGGAGGAUGAGGUAUUUCAAGAUAUGGAGGUUGAGUUAUUUGUACGAUUGAAAUUUAGUUACGAUAGUAGUGAUAAAGUUAAAUCUUGUUUUUUAUAUUGUUCCUUGUUUCCGGAAGACUUUCAAAUUCCCAAACGCGAAUUGGUAGAUUAUUGGAUUUGUGAGAAUUAUGGUGAUCGCAA